AUGAAAGCUACCGCAGUCUUGCUUGUUGGCUCAUUAUCCACCAUUGUUGCUGGACAUGGCUACCUUUGGAAACCAGACAGCCGAACAAAACUCGGGUUCAAGGCUGGCACCGACACCUGCCCCGAGUGCACUAUUCUCGAGCCAGUGUCCUCCUGGCCAGAUCUUGAUGUAGCACCCGUGGGCCGCAGCGGACCCUGUGGAUACAAUGCUCGAGUGAGCGUUGACUACAACCAGCCAGGCAAGAGCUGGGGCUCUGAUGUGGUCACCACCUACAAGGCUGGCGAGGUGGUCGAUGUGGUGUGGUGCCUUGAUCACAACGGUGACCACGGUGGCAUGUUCAGCUACCGUAUCUGCCAAAACCAGGACAUCGUCGACAAAUUUCUGGAUCCCGAGUAUCUCCCCACGGAUGCGGAGAAGCAGGAAGCCGAAGAUUGCUUCGAAGAAGGAUUGCUCGAGUGCACUGAUGUUGAUGGGCAAACUUGCGGUUAUAGUGCUGACUGUGACGAAGGCGCGGCUUGCCAGCGCAACGACUGGUUCACGUGCAAUGGCUUCAACGACACCAAAUGCCAAGGCGUUGACGGUUCAGACCUUGGAUCUUGCGACACAACAAUCUCCGGUGGUUAUACUGUGUCGAAGAAGAUCAAGAUUCCUGAUUAUAUCUCAAACCAUACCUUGAUCUCCUGGAAGUGGAACUCUUUCCAGACAGGUCAGAUUUACCUCUCCUGUGCAGAUAUUGCGAUUGAGUGA